CUCGGGCGUCUGCGGUCUGGCCGGGCGCUGCGAAGCCGCCGCCUCCCGCAGGUCCCGGAGGCCGGCGCGGGCCCGAGGCCGUGGCCCUGAGGGAGCCCCGCGGGGCGAGCGCCAUGAGGGACGACUCGGGGUUUCGUGUGGAGCAGGGCCGCCCGCGGCCUCCACGAGCUCUUCCACCUGUGCCAAGUGCUAUUCAAGAUGAUAUUCCACUUAGUCGUCCUAAGAAAAAGAAGUCCCGAACAAAAACGCCUGCCAGUGCUUCUUUGGAGGGCCUUGCUCAGACGGUUAUGAACAGACCAUGUGAAGAUGGUGAGCCACCGACUAAAGAACUCAAAGAGAAUCCUGAGGUUCCUGUUCAAAGGAGGCAGAAGAAGACACGGCAGCCUCUGGAACCAGAGACUUCUUCCCCCCAAAAGAAGACGUCUAAUCCAUCUUUAUUACGAAAUGAGAAUGGUAUUGAUAUGGAACCAGCUGAGGGGACAGUUAUUCAAAAACCUCGAAGGAAGACAAAGAAGACCCAGCCAGCAGAAAUACAGUACGCCAAUGAGCUUGGGGUGGAAGAUGAAGACAUCAUCACCGAUGAGCAGAGUCCUCCGGAGCAGCAGGCGAGAUUCACUGCCCCCACCGGCGUUAGCCAGCCUGUAGGCAAAGUGUUUGUGGAAAAAAGCCGGCGAUUCCAGGCCGCUGACCGUUCAGAGUUAAUAAAGACCACGGAAAACAUGGACAUGUCAAUGGAUAUGAAGCUGUCCUGGACCACCAGGGAUGUGGCCCUGUCAGUGCACCGGGCUUUCAGGAUGAUUGGUCUCUUUUCUCCUGGCUUCUUGGCUGGCUGUGCAGUGUGGAACAUUGUUGUGAUCUAUGUUCUAGCCGGAGAGCAGCUGUCUAACCUCUCAAACCUUCUGGAACAAUACAAGACCUUAGCAUAUCCAUUCCAGAGCCUUCUCUACUUGCUCUUGGCUCUGAGUACAAUUUCAGCAUUUGACAGGAUUGACCUCGCUAAAACCUCAGUAGCAAUCCGAAAUUUUUUCACCCUGGAUCCAACCGCUUUAGCAUCUUUCUUGUACUUUACUGCUCUUAUACUAUCUCUGAGUCAGCAAAUGACAAGUGACAGAAUCCACCUUUACACACCUUCUUCUGUUAAUGGUAGCCUCUGGGCUGCAGGAAUUGAGGAACAGAUUGUCCAGCCGUGGAUUGUGGUGAAUUUAGUGGUGGCACUUCUGGUUGGAUUAUCUUGGCUUUUUUUGUCUUACAGGCCAGGCAUGGAUCUUAGUGAAGAGUCGAUGUUCUCUUUUGAUGUGGAAGACUAUCCUGAUAAAGAUAGAGGAAUCAGAGCCUCCUCAUAAUACUAACAUACCUUCAGGGAUAAUGGCUCAGUGUUUGUCCUAUUUUUGUUUUAAAUGUAUUUUUAUAAGAUAUGUAUAUAUGUAUUUUAACUGAUUUUUGGAUUAUAUAACAUUGAAAAAUCUCUCAAGAUUAUGGACAAUGUUAAAAUUAUAUCUGCUACUUGUACCUAGACAAAUUUCUACGGCAUUAUCAUCUGAUUGACAAAGGAGGUAAUAAGCUAAAAACCAGCUGGUGAAAGUGUUUAUUUUUUAUUCUGUCAAAUUAGUUGUAUUUGCAAUCAUUAUAGAUACUAAUUCAGAAAAAGCCAUACAUAACCUUUUCAUCAUAAAAUAUUUAUCAGGUUUAAACACAGAUUUAAGGAGUAGAACAGAAAGGAAAAAAGACCUUCAUUAUUUAUUUUGGAUGUUUUGUUACUGAAUAAAUCGAGAUAUGAAAUGUCUUUUCUGAAACUUAAUGAUUGUGCAUCAUGUAAUGAUUAUAAUAAAAUGUAAUUUGGCUCAAAAGAUGCUUUACUUCAUGCCUAA